AUGGGUACCAUCCGCCAGAAGAAGAAGAACCGCUCUUCCGUCCCCAAGACCAAGGCCAAGCGGACCGGUCAGCUGAAGAAUGGCAACAAGAAAAUCAAUGUCCUAGGCAACGCCAUCAUUGCCGAGAACUGGGACCGCAAGCUCACUCUGACACAAAACUACCGCCGACUGGGACUCGUUCACCGUCUGAAUGCCCCCGCCGGUGGCUCGGAGAAGCGCGCGACAAAAGAUGGCACCAUCGUGACGGACCCCGAGGACCCCCUCUACAUCAAGAGUAGCACCGAGUCGAUUGCGAAGACCCUGGGGCUGGGCGAGGCUAAGGUCGAGCGCGACCCCGAAACCGGCAAGAUUAUCCGCGUGAUUGGAAACGACGACGAGGUGGAGAUCGCCGGGCGCAAGCGCCGCCGCUCCAACCCGCUGAAUGACCCGUUGAACGACCUGUCCGAUAACGAGGAAGAUGCAUCCGCUGGUCCCAACAAAAACGGGCCCAGUGCGAUUGUGCAGCAACUGGAGCGUCAGGCCGACAAGGAGAGCAGCCAGGUUGCCAAGAAGAAGCCUCGUCAUUUGAGCAAGCGCGAAGAAGAGUGGAUUGAGGCCCUGAUCCAGCGCCAUGGGGACAACGUCAGUGCUAUGGUUCGGGACCGGAAAUUGAACCCCAUGCAGCAGUCUGAGGGUGAUUUGAAGCGGAGGAUCCGCAAGUGGAAAGAGAUGCAAUCAUAA